AUGAUAGGGAGGAGAGUAUUGGGUCAGGUACCCAAUGAAGGGGAAUUAUCACCUACGGCCAGUCCUAACGGUGCUGAAUCCCUUAGCUGUCCCAUAUGUAAUGAAAAUAUGAUCAACUUGGGUCAACUCAACCAACAUCUGGACGAUACUCAUACGAACAAUGAUCCCUCAGAAUCCGUUAAUAUAGGACCGUAUUUAGAGAAAGAUUUGAAAAAUUGGUUCAGGACAAAAGUUGUUGAUAGAGCGAACAGUCUUCAUCCACUGAUCAGCUCUAAAUUGAAUACUAUGGAUGUUGUGGAUAAUAUGGGAUACUUCACAAUAAGUGAUAGUGCCACAAGUUCAGCUCCCAACUCGACAACGAAUUCUAGAAUUAGCUCUCCUGGCUUGGAGACAAGCGAAAUAUCUAGGUCGCAUUGGAAGAAGCCUAAAGGUAAUGACUUUUGUCAUUUGAAAGAAUGUAAGAGAAGACUCAAUAUUAAGAAUGGCAUAGUCAAUUGCAGGAAAUGUGGCUUUUUGUUCUGUAAUGAGCAUACCUACUAUAGAAUAAAGGUAAAUCAAACCCUGCAGUAUGAUCCAUUAGGCGGGCAGUUUGUGAGAUGUUGUAUCACUUGCUUUACGAAUAAGCCGUUCUUUAAUAACUUCGAAGGAUUCGCUCUUGAUGAUACCAAAACUUUCCAGGAGCUGAGAGAAAAGAGACUGGAAUCUGAUAGAUUAAAAACAAUAGUCUUGGAAAAACGACUACGAAAGAUAUUUGCAUUUGUGUAUGAUAGGGAUAAUCCAUCCAAGGUAAACAACAGUGAAGUGACAAACUAUGUGAAGCAAAUCAUCCAUUGGCAGACUGAUAAUGAACUGAACAAUUGUCCGCUAUGCUUUAAACAGUUUGGAAGAUUUCUUAUGAGAAAACACCACUGUAGAUUAUGCGGUGAAAUUCGAUGUGACGACGGUUGCUCUCUAGAUAUUCCCAUGAAUUAUCUGAAACAAUUGUUUGAUCAAUCCCCGGAAACUAAUGAACAGUAUGACCAAAAUCACCCCACCGAAGACGACACGAUAGUGUUUGAUAAGGUAUCCUUAAGAAUUUGCAAGUUAUGCAAGAAUAGAGUGUUCCAUAGGCGGCUAUUCACUCAGAAUAGAUCAUCAAGUACAGGCAUAGAUGACCUAUUGAGUACCAUUCGCCUGGUAAAUAUAUAUAAGGAAAAAAUCCACCAACUUCUUCCUGGUUUUGAAGAAGAUCUUCAGCGAUUACAAACCAUUGACUCAGCCUCCAAUUCCAAUCAAAUAUUGCCUACCAAGGAGCUGGAGGAUGAUGAACAGUUUCUGAAAAUGUUGGUUGAGAAACGAUACAAGAUCAUGAGUGUCUUCAACAAGAUUGAUAAAAUAGCCAAGGGUUUAAAACUGACCAUCGACCAGAAUGAUACACUUCUCUCCCUAAAAAAGCCGCUAGCUGAGGGAAUGACCAUCGAUCAAUUAAAAAUUGCAAGAUCGAUAUACAUGCAGCUGGCCUCCUUCCUUCAAGAGAAUAUGUUGAAGCUUCAAAAAGUUCCUAAUCUGACAAACAAACCCAGCACCGAAAACGAAGGUUUGAGUAAGCUAGAAAUUAGAGAGUACAGGGACAAAUUGAUGGUACUUCAAGAACAGCACUAUUUAAUCAAUUCAAUGAUAGAUGAUUCGAAGAAGAAAAGGAAGUUUGACGAUCUGAAGAUUCUAGACGAAAACUUAGCAGACAUUGAGACAGAGAUUCAAACAAUUUCAAGAAAACUAGGAGACGAUUCAUUUUAG